ACCGAGCCGGGUCGGCGAUGCUUUCCCCCGCCAGCCGAUGACGACGUCGGCCUUUAAUUCAGCCCGAUCUGUAGGGUGAGCGUGGCAGUAUGCCUCUUGCGAAAGAUCGUAUUCUUGUUUGUCGACUUGUAAUCUUGUCCAGUGAUCGUCAGCUUUCUAUUCCUUAGUGCGCAAGCUUCGUUUGGCCACAUCCGCACGAAACCAUAACAGAAGGACAAUGUCGGACCCCAACUACGCCUCCCACUUUUCAGAGCGCAACAUUCCCUUUGGAAUCGGCUCUUCCGCUCAGUUCACAAGUCCGCAGGCCGUCACGCGCCUGGAAAACACCGUCAUCUCUCUGAGUGCUCUGCACAGGCAUGGCUUUUUCAAGGACAUUGCGGCGGCACAACUGCCCGAGAGCGCCCUCAACAGCUCCACCCUGAACGAGUUCGCUGCUCUGCCCAAGAGCACGCACAGAGCCGUCCAGGCUGCCAUCCGCGAGGCGUACACGCAAAAGGGCUUUGACGCGUUCCCAGAAGAAGCAAAGGAGAACCUGGGCCAUGUGAAGCUGCACUUGCCAGUACAGAUCGGCGACUUUACAGACUUUUCCUGCAGUCUCGAACACGUCAAGAACGCAGGCCGCAUCGUCGUCAACAACCCCAAUCCACCGCCCGCCUUCUUCCAGUUGCCCGUCGGCUACCAGGGCCGCUGCAGCUCCAUCCUCGUCUCGGGCACCGAGAUCGAGCGGCCUAUCGGCCAGUUCCGCUCGCGACCAUCUCCGGGCUCGAACGAACCCCCCACGAUCCUCUGCGGGCCGUCCAGAGCGGUCGACUACGAGGUCGAGCUCGCGGCCAUCGUGGGCAAGCCUCUGCCCAUGCGGAAGCGGCUCAACGCAAAGGACGCGGAGGAGCACAUCUUUGGCUAUGCGCUCUUCAACGACUGGAGUGCCCGCGACAUCCAAGGGCUGGAAAUGGUGCCCCUUGGACCUCUGAACGGCAAGUCCUUUGGCACCUCCAUCUCCCCAUGGAUCGUCACCCUCGACGCCCUGCAGCCCUACAAGGCCGCCGUGCCGCAGCCCGCCCACGCACCCGGCGGCAUCCCAGCGUACCUCCAGGACCCGGACAACUCGUCCCACGACAUCACGAUCCAGGUCGAGGUUCUCUCCGGCAGCAGCGCGACGGUCACGGGCACGACCAAAGUGCAGACCAUGUACUGGACGCCCAAGCAGAUGCUGGCCCACCUCGCUAGCAGCGGCAGUGCCCUACGAACGGGCGACGUCGCGGCGACCGGCACGGUCAGUGGUGAGACACGAGAGAGCUUGGGCAGUCUGUUGGAGGUGACCAAGGGUGGCACGGAUCCUAUAAAGCUGGUGGAUGGCACCGAGAGGGGUUACUUGCAAGACGGGGACUCGGUCCGGCUGGUCGGCUGGGCUGGUAGUAAAGAUAGCGGCGUCGGAUUCGGCGAGUGUAUCGGUGAGCUGCUUGCCGCGAGGCCUUUAUGAUGCCUCCCAUGGGCUUCGAAUUCCUAGCAUAUGCAUUCACCUCCUCCAAGCGCUGAGCAGAAGUCUUGGAAUCGACACUGGAUGGGAGCAUCACUCUGUGCAUACACCAGAGACAGCACCAAUGAUCUAGAACUGAUCGCAUUCUAAAAGGAGAGAUAUAAAGAUCCAUGCUC